UUUAUUUAAAUUUUUUCCAAUGUAAAUUCAAAAAAGGUAGCCUACUAUACAUUUGAUGUAGGGCUAUUUGUUUAGCCAUCAAAGAUAUUAAGCAUUCUGAAGUUUGGGGUGGGCCUAUAUGUUUUAUUGGCAGCGAGGGCCGUUGUUGUCAUGGCACUGGGUUAAAAUAUUAUUUUUUUAUUAUUAUUUUUGCUGUUUUUUUAUUAUUAUUUUUGCAGUUUGCUGCUAACAGUGAAUAGCAAGGACCAGUAACGUUCCCAAGCUCCAGUCAUGAGCCCAACACACCAGAAUGGGCAGAAUACUGAGAAACUUGAUUUUGAGAUGCCUCGCACAAAGCAAGCCCGGCGCUCCCAGGCCGCAAAGAAGAGGAUGGCAGACCGGAUGGCUGCUGAUCCUGAAGAGGCUCUGCCACCUCUUAAAAAAUUGGCAGAAGUAACAGAACGUUGUGUACAUCACAACGGGGAUAUAAAACUGGGUCAUAACAGUGGUCAUAACCGUGGUCAUAACCUUGGGCUAACAAGUGGUCAAACAAGUGGUCAAACAAGUGGUCAAACAAGUGGUCUAACAAGUGGUCAAACAAGUGGUCAAACAAGUGGUCAAACAAGUGGUCAAACAAGUGGUCUAACAAGUGGUCAAACAAGUGGUCUAACAAGUGGUCAAACAAGUGGUCUAACAAGUGGUCAAACAAGUGGUCUAACAAGUGGUCAAACAAGUGGUCAAACAAGUGGUCAAACAAGUGGUCAAACAAGUGGUCUAACAAGUGGUCUAACAAGUGGUCUAGCAAGCGGUCUAACAAGUGGUCUAAACAAUGAUGCUAAAAACACGGAUCAUAAAAGUACUGUUAACAUGACCAUGAAAGCUGUUUCUGAUUUGUGUCCACAGAAAUCGUACAUCAGUGGCUCUUUCCAUCAAGGAGAUUACCGUUUUGGCCGGAAUAGGGGAAGUCAAUGUGGUGCAAACUGUUUAACUGCAAUUUUGAUGAGUAAGAUGAAAAGUGUGUUGCAGUGGACGAGAAGUGACCUGAAUGCUGUUCUGAUCCAUGGAGAUGACCUGUACAGUGCCAUGAGAGACGCAGGGAAAAUCAACGAUCCUGAAUCCGGCUUCAUAGCUAUUCAUGAGCUACCAGACACACACACACUUAAAGAUAGUCGGUUUUCAAUAAACUAUGGUGAAGCAUUGACUGGCUUGUUUGGUGUCAAUAAAUAUGAUGGAGAACUACAGGGGUAUGCGAUGUCUUUUGAUGAAGCAGUAAAUCGAGCAUUCCAGAGGUUUGAUACUGUUUUAGUGAAUAUUAAGCUAACCAUAUGUGCAGCUGUCAGAGAAGGUUCCUGGUAUGCAGUGAUUGAUCCACAUUCAAGACGAGGUGAUGGCAGAUGUGUAGCUGACGGUAAGAGUGUAGUGGUUUACCAUCGUGACUUGCACUCGCUGAUUGUUCAUUUCCGGAAACUUGCCGCAUCUAUAAAUGCACGUUACCAGGAGUUUGAGGUAACUGGGGUCAACGCGGUUAUGACUGGAUUAAAACAGCCAUUCUGGCAAGUGAUUGAGAACGCUGGUCCAGCAGAAAAUGAGAGUGAAGAGAAUGAAAACGACAUACCCAACUAA